AUGUUCGCUUCACGUCUACGAUUGGUUUCAACAAGAUUAGCACUCCAUGGCAUAAAGCCUUUUGCUAUCAAUAAUGCUAUUAAAGUAGUAAGCACUGCUCAUAUAUCUCGCUCCUAUGCAACCAAAAGUGGGAAACAAGUUUCAUACACAGCAGACAAGUUCCCGGGUUACGUUCGUAACGAAAACUUUAAAAAGCUCACUGAACAAGACGUUGAAUAUUUUAAAACAAUUGUUGGUGAAAAUGGAUUAAUCUAUAACAACGAAGACGACCUUUUCGCUUUUAAUACAGAUUGGAUGCACAAGUUUCGUGGAAAAUCACAAUUGGUUUUGAAGCCAAAGACGACACAACAAGUAUCCGAAAUUAUGAAAUACUGUAAUCAAGAAAGAUUGGCUGUUGUUCCCCAAGGUGGAAACACCGGAUUAGUCGGUGGAUCAGUUCCAGUAUUUGAUGAGAUUGUUCUCAGUCUUCAGGGACUAAACAAAAUCCGUAGCUUUGACAGUGUAUCAGGUAUUUUGACGGCUGAUGCUGGCUGUGUGCUCGAAGUGUUAGACAACUGGUUGGCCGAAAAGGGAUAUAUGAUGCCAUUGGACUUGGGUGCCAAAGGAAGCUGUCAUAUCGGUGGUAAUAUCGCAACAAACGCUGGCGGUUUGAGAUUAUUACGCUAUGGAUCACUUCACGGCACUGUCUUGGGCUUGGAAGUUGUACUUCCUGAUGGUACAAUUCUUGACAACAUGUCUACAUUAAGAAAGGAUAACACAGGUUAUGAUUUAAAGCAGCUGUUUAUUGGAUCUGAGGGUACUAUCGGUAUAAUCACUGGUGUCUCUAUCUUAACCCCUCAUCGCUCAAAGGCUGUCAAUGUUGCCUUGUUAGGCUUGAACUCAUUUGAAGAUGUACAAAAAGCAUUCAAACAAUCACGUAUUGAGCUCUCUGAAAUAUUGUCAGCUUUUGAAUUUUGGGAUAUUAAUGCAUUACAAAUGUUCAAAAAGCACGCUACACCAAAGGAAGUGAUGCAGAAUGAAUAUCCAUUUUAUGUAUUGAUUGAAACAAGCGGUUCAAACAAGGAUCAUGACGAUGAAAAAUUAACAACAUACCUUGAGAAUAUGAUGGUCGAUGGUGUUGCUGAGGACGGUGUAGUAGCACAAGAUGAGACACAGAUACGUGAACUUUGGAGCUUGCGCGAAGGUUUUACUGAAGCACUCGGAAAGGAACCAGCUGUGUACAAGUACGACAUAUCGAUGCCUGUCCCCAAAAUUUACGAGUGUGUACAAGACAUGCGCCAACAUUUACGUAAUGGAGGUGUUUUCGGAAAGGAAGACUCACCUGUGACAGAUGUGGUUGCUUAUGGCCAUGUUGGUGACGGCAAUUUACACUUGAAUAUUGCUGCCAAUCGCCUCGACAAUCGUGUUUCUGAAUUAAUAGAACCCUAUCUGUUUGAAUGGGUUGCCAAACAUCAGGGCUCAAUUAGUGCAGAACAUGGUCUUGGUGUAGCCAAGAAUGAAUUUUUAGGGUAUUCCAAGUCUCCAGUCAUGAUUAAGUUGAUGAAGACCAUGAAAAAUAUGCUUGAUCCAAACGGUAUCAUGAACCCUUAUAAGUAUCUUCCAUCCUCAUAG